UGUUCUAAUCCUGUCCGCCCGCGUCAAGAGGGUCUCCAAUGCGAUGGCUGUAAUCGCUGGCAGCACCGCACAUGCCAUACCGGUAUUUCAAGAGAGACUUAUCGCGCAGCUGUUCAGUCCGGUCAAACCAUUGACUGGCUCUGUGACCAGUGCAACCAACCAGUUGCUGAGAGUACUAGGCUGGACGAGGAGCUGGAGUCCACAAUUUAUGAUCAACUUCUGGUGAGUUAUUUGCUUAUUUUAUUAUUCUUAUUAAGUUAUCCUAUUUAAAAAUGGAAACUAUCUUUAAUGUACAAUAUUAUGGGAAAUGUCUUCAAUCUUAUAAUUCAAUCUUAUAAUUAUUUUCCGUUCACAGAAUUGAUCUCCUACCCGGUCUACUUCUUCACCGCUGAACUAUGGUGCCUAGGCAGAGUCAUCCCUUGCUGAUCCGAGCAUCCAUGGUGAGCAGAACCAGCCGGAUGAGAGCAUAACCUAUGAGAUUGUACCGCAGUCAAGUAAACGGGGCCGUCCAAAGUUAAUUGACAACCGUGGCUACACGUUUGGGUUCCAGCGACAACGCGGAAGCACGACCGACUGGCAAUGCGUCGUACGUCCCAAGAACAACCCGUGCAAGGCUAAGGUGCGGCAGAAAGAGAACAGAUUUGAGCCAGGUUUGCAUUGCCACAACCAUCCAGCAUCAGUUGGCGCUGCAACGACAGCUAAAGUCAUCGCGAGCGUGAAGGCUAAGGCAGUGGAGGAUCUAUUCAAGCUCGCCAAGCAAACAGACUGCGCCAGAAACUACGUCCCGAGGACCCAACAGACCUCGACUUUGAGUUGGAAGAAGAACAUAUCCCCGAUCACUUUUUCAGAAAAGAUGUUCAGGUCCGAGAGCGCAGACAUUUAAUCUUCGCCACAGAUGAGCAGCUGAGACAACUUGGGAAGGCGAAAUCCUGGUACAUCGACGGCACGUUUAAACUCUGCAGACUGCCGUUCACUCAACUCUUAA